ACCGCCACACGUCAAAACUCGAAUUCGUUCAACAAUUUCCAUCUCCCGCUCGCCCUCGGCCCCGACGACGGUGAGAACGGCGCAGCCGCUCGCCGCCGGCCCACGGAUCGUCGACCGCGACAUGUGGCUCGCCUGCGCCAACCCGAAGUCCGGCCGCCUCCCCGCCGUUGGCUCCCUCGUCUACUACUUCCCCCACGGCCACACCGAGCAGUGCCCCUCCCCUCUCGCGGAGCCGCUCGCUUGCCCCCACGUCUUCCUCUGCAGGGUCGUCGCCGUCCGCUUCUCCGCCAACAUCGAGACGAACGAGCCAUACGCCGCCAUCUCCCUCAAACCAGGUGUUCUCCCCAACGACGACGUCCCGCGCCAGCACCCGCACCCGGCCCCUGUUCCCGACCACCAGCAGCCGCAGAUCUAUUACUUCGUCAAAGAGCUGAAUGAUAAAGAUGCUGACCAUCGAGUUCUCUUCACCGCCCCCAUGGAUGUCGCCAACAAGGUCUUCCCGCCGCCGCUCGAGAACCAACAGACACGGGAUCUCAGCGUGAGGGACCUGCAAGGUGUUCGCAUGUACUUCAACUACAGAGGGAACGGCAGAAGAGUAGAAUUCAGGAAGGGCUGGAGAAGAUUUCACAAAGACAUGGACCUCAUCGACGGCGACCACGUGAUCUUCAUGCGCCGCCCCGCCAGCGACCAGGUGUUCCUCGGGGUACGGCGCCAGCGAGAUGUCCCGAAAACAGUCAGGGUGACAACCACGGUCACGCUCCAGGAGGUGAUGGAGGCGGUGAGGCUUGCGGCGGAAGGCGUUGAGUUCACGGUGAACUACUACUCACGACAGGACGGAGACGAGUUUGUGGUGCCACGCGAGGUGGUGGACGAGGCUUUGCGCGCCAGGCUCACUCCGGCGAUGGCGUGGAGUUCUCAUGGGCAGUCCAGGACGGCGCGCCGCCCAUCGUUGGCCCACAGGGCAAUGUCGUCGACAUCAUCUCCACGCGCGUGUGGCGCAAUCUCGAUGUAUCCACCCAUUCGAUGACCCGAAGCGUCAAAGAUGAACAAAUAUGCAAACUUUUGGCAAGUCCGACCUGUUGGGAACCUUGAUCUUCUUCCUCCUCCUCCUCGCUCUCCAAAGAAGCUUGAGAUUUCUAAGAUGGCUACUGAUCUUCGUUCUUCUUCUCCUCCUCACCCUCCAAAGGAGCUCAAGAUUUCUGAGGCGGCUACUGCAUCUGCAUCUGUGGCGCAAGUUGAGACAAUGGCGGAACGACUGGGCCAGCUAUUCUCAAUCACACCUUGACUUGCUUAGCUUUAGCUGUGCGAUGUUCAUCUGCAGUUUUUGGCCGGGAGAUGGUGUAGAUUGUCAGUUGGAGAAGCUUGAUGAUUGGUUAGCUGAGCCCUAGCUGAGCUCUUGUGUGGUAACAGCAGAACUUGUUCGUUGGGAGGGAUAGAGAAGUAAUCUUUGUCAACACUGUAACAGUUGAUCAUUGCUCUGCUCCUUUUAGCGGUUAACUGAACAUUUUAACUAUAGAUAACUUUUCGGUAUAUCGUUCUGAUGUUUGCGUGCAGUACAAACUACAAAGCUAU